CAGCUGUGAACAGAUCAGUUGCAGAUGUCUGUGCAACUUGCCAUGUUCAUGCUACAUGUCAUCAAAUCGAAGGAAAAAGCAUCUGCAUCUGUAACUACGGAUUUGUAGGCAAUGGAAGAACCCAUUGUCAAGAUAAAGAUGAAUGCCAGAUUGGAGCCAGCAAGAUCUGUGGAAAUCAUACCCUGUGUCAUAAUACGCAUGGAAGUUUUUACUGUGUUUGCCUUGAUGGAUACCGAGCCUCCAACAACAACAAGACGUUUAUUCCCAAUGACGGCACGAACUGUACAGAUAUAGAUGAAUGUGAGGAGUCUGGGCUGUGUGGUCGCAAUGCAAGAUGCGUGAAUACUGAAGGAAGCUACAGAUGUUACUGCAAUGAUGGUUAUAAAUUAGAGAACGGAGAGCGUUCUUUUCAUCCAGAUGGCAGCAUAGCUUCAUGCAAAGAAAUUGGAUGUGGUUCCCCUCCUGAAAUGAAGCAUGGUUGCAUUGUGGGGAACUACAGCUUGCUAACAGGAAGUGUGGUUCAUUUUGAAUGGAAAGAAGGGUUUUACAGCAGUGAGGGAAAGUUCUCAUGUUGCACUGCAAAUGAAACUUGGGAACUUGACACUUAAAGCUGUAAAGGUGUGGACUGUGGGGUUCCACCUUCUGUUUUGAAUGCACAUCCAACGUCUCUAAGCGGGACCACAUACGGAAGUGAAGUUACAUACAACUGUGUUCAUGGUUACUUUAUUGCCAGCGGGAAUCAGACGGCAGUCUGCAAUGCCAGGGGACAGUGGGAUGGCACUGAUUUGGUGUGCAAAGAAAUAGACUGUGGCAAACCUUUGCUGAUUCCACACACAGAAAUGUUCUGGCACAACUCUACCACUCUAUGGAGCAGAGUAUACUAUCAGUGUAAAGAAGGAUAUUAUUUUAAUGGAGGCAAGAAUUUUUCAGAGUGCACAAUAGAUCGGUCAUGGGAGAAUAUUACGUACGUAUGCAAAGGUAGGAACAGGAGGAAGGAUGAUGGCAAGAAAUCCCUUCCUAAUGUACGAUGUAGGAACGUGGUGGGCCUUGUGAAUGGAGAGGUCAC